CGCGGUUCGACCACCAGCGAGCUGAGCGCACUGACGACCGCGUGGCUGCAGUCGAAGCAGAUGGACGGGCUACUGUUCUUCUACCGGUCGCACCCCACGGUCACUGUCUCGGACGCCGAGUUCCUGGGCCAUUUUAGGCGCAUGCGCGACGACUUGGCGCUGGUCGGCCUGUUCGUGUCGGCCGUGGUCUCCUUCCACAAGGAACAACCCGACGGCCCAAUGUCGAUUAACAACGUGCUCUCUCUGGUAGAGGACAUCGUGGUUCUGCGUACACACGACCUGUCGCCGCCGCCAGCAGACGCCGCCGCCUGCCCGAUGCCGUUCGCACUGGGAGGCGUCACGCGGGCUCCGAGCUUCUCUCGUCUGAUUGCCGACAUGAAGGGAGCGCUGCCCGACUUCGAGCGGUCGAUCGCGCCCCGGCUGCUGUUCAGCGUCACCUGCGAGGCGACCAGCUACUUCCUCAACUCGUCCACAGCGUUCCACGAAGGAGACCCCGCGGUUAAGAUGACCACGGGCUCGAGCUACUGGCAGAUGUGCGAGAUGGCAGCAAAGCUGGGCUACUCGCGUCACUACUCACGUCACGGCGACUGUCACGUGGUGCACAAGGACCGAUUCUGGCAGGCCGGCCUCGGACCCAACUCGACGCGCCUGUUCACCGCCACGCGCCGAUUCGCAGGCGCCAUGCUAUUCGCGAUGCACGCCGACGAUGCCAGGGGCCGGUGCGGGCAGCCGCACGGGCUGGUCAAUCACGUGCGCCACUCUUUGGACCGUUUCGCGGCGCCCCCUGUCGCCGCUCGCAACGAAUGAGAAUAGCGUGGC